GCGGCGCGGGGCGGGCGGAGCCGCGCGGUCCCGGUGCCCGGCGCUGCCGCCGAGGGUUGCGCGCGGCGGGGCCAUGCGGUGCGUCCUGAUCGCCAGCACUGCGGCCGAGCUGCUCUUCUACUGGGCCGAUGCCGCCUUCCUCCGCCGGCUGCGACUCCCCCACGGCGGGCAGGGCCCAGCAUUGGAGGACAGCCUCAACACCCUCUUUGCCCCCCUCAUCAUCUCCUGCACGGCACUGCUGGAGAAGCUCGCCGACACCUACACCUGCUUCACCACCGAACAUGGACAGCACCUGCAUGUCCUGCACAUGUUUGGUGACUGCCUCUACAUUGCGGUGAACGGUGAUGGGACAGAGAGUGAGGACGACCUGCGCCGGACACUGUUUGUGCUGCGGCGCUUGGUGGAGGCUCACUGUGGCCUCGUCACACUUGACUCCCACCUCAUCCGCAAGGAGUUGCGGCCGGCUGAUUCAGAGCAGCGGGAGCGCGUCUGGAGCUUGCUGCGUGGCCUGCUGGAGACCUACAGCCGCUUGCGGGAGGAGGACCAGAGCUUUGCAGUGGAGGCAGUGGAGCGGUUGAUCCAUCCUCAGCUGUGUGAGCAGUGCAUCGAGUUCCUGGAGCGGCAGGUGGUACAGUACAUCAAUGCCAGCCCUGAGCGCGGUGGGGAUGAGGUGGGCCAUGCCUUCCUCCUGGUGCACACCAAGCUGCUGGCCUUCUACUCCAGCCGCAACACCAGCUCUAUCCGCCCUGCUGACCUGCUCAUCCUCAUCCUCCUGGUGGAGGACCUGUACCCCAGCCAGAGUGCCGAGGAGGAGCUCAGCACCCAGCCCGCAGCAGGGAAUUUAGUUCCCCAGGGGCCCAACAGAAGCGAGAGCAUCCCCGUGAGCAGCCCUAGUUCCCAUGGAACUGUAGAGAAGGACUCGGAUGACCAGCAGGACACAGAUGAUCUCUCCGUGCCCGAGAUCUACUACACACCCGAGCCCUCACCGGGCACACACAGCACGGGCAGCGAGAGCUGGUCGGAGGGCGCUGAGAUGCUGGGCACUGGGGAGGCAGAUGCUGCAGAUGUCCAGAUGGCAGAAGACUUGCUCCAGACCUUGGGGCCUCUGGUCCCUGAAGCUUCAAAUCCCAGAAGGAUCUUCCUGGAUGCCAACCUGCGGGAAGGUUACUGCCCCUUGCUGCCACAUACCAUGCACUGCCUCCCGCUUUGGCCGGGCAUCUCCCUUGUCCUUCUGACCAAGGGCCCCACAACCCACGUGGCUGUCACCUUGUACCAGCUGCUGGAUGGUUUCUUGGUGCUGGAGAAGAAGCUGGAAGAGGGACCAGAGGCUGGAGCCCCACGUUCCUACCCAUUCCUGGCCGAACUGCGGCAGCGCAUGGACAAGUUUGUGAAGAAGCUGAGUGGGCAGGACAUCCAGUUGCAGAACGCCUGGAUGGACUUCAAGAACAAGAUAUUUUCCCGGAGUGAGCCUGUUAGCUCCUUGGAGCUGCUGCAGGCAGUGGCCAAUGUGAAACGGCAGCUCUGCUCCAUGUACCGCCAGCUCUUCCUGGCCUCUGCUGGCCACAGCCUGUCCCAGGGCCUGCGGGACCGUGCCCAGAAGCUGAUGAGGGAGAAGUUGCUGGACUGGAGGGACUUUCUGCUGGUGAAGAGCAGGCGCAAUAUCACCAUGGUGUCAUACUUGGAGGACUUUCCUGGCCUGGUGCACUUCAUCUAUGUGGAUCGCACAGCCGGGCAGAUGAUGGCACCAUCACUCAGCGUGACAGACAAAUCCAGCUCGGAGCUGGGCAAGGGCCCUCUGGCCACCUUUAUCAAGGGGAAGGUCUGGUCACUGAUCACGUUGGCUCGGCGAUACCUGCAGAAGGGCUAUACAACACUCAUGCUGCAGGAUGGCGAUUACUGCUGCUCUUACUUCCUCUGGUUUGAGAACGAGCUGGGUUACAAGCUGGACGUGAUGGAGAUGCCGGUUCUCUCUGAUGAUUCUGCUCCCAUUGGGAUGCUGGCAGGAGACUACUACAGAAAGCUGCUGCGUUACUACAGCAAGAACCACCAGGCAGAGGUGGUGAAGUGCUAUGAGCUGCUGACUGUGCACCUGGGCAUCAUCCCUUCUGAGCUUGUGGUCCAGCAGGCCUGUGACCUAGCCCGGCGCCUCUGGGAGCCCUCCCGCAUUCCCCUGCUCUGAGCUGCCUCCAGCCACCUUGGGGCUGGGAUUAAAGCAGGUGUAUGGGGUGUUCCUUGCGCCUGGGCUGCUUUCUUGGUGUCUGUGUGCCAUCGUCUGUGCCUGCUGGCACCCACGGGCAGCCUUCCUAUCCUCCAGCCUGGCUGAGGUUUGUGCUGCUCACCUCCCCAAUCCCCACUGGCUUCGCUGGCACCCAGCAGCCUCCAAGAAUGGGGGGAGUAGAGCUGGAAGGUUUUUGGCAAAUCACCAUUUUGCUGAAAAGUACAUUUUCCAAGCAAGAUUUACAGCUUUGGAUUGACGUGGCUGUCAGGCUUCGGCUGGAGAACAAAAUGGUAUAGCCAAACCUGCAUGGAGGAGUGACCUAGAGUGCAUCCCCCUUUCCCCUCGCUCCAUCCUGCACCCCCUUCACUGUCCCCAGGCUCCCAGACAGCAGUCAGCUGUUCAGGCUGAGCACAGCUAUGAACACAAGGUAAAACCAAGGCAUUUCAUGUGUUUCCUAGGCAUGUUUGGACUAGGUGCGUGUGCAGAUCCCCAUGGGUGGCAUGGCUGGAGAUGGGGCCAGCUCCAGCAGCUGCUUUCACUCUGCUACUCUCUGGGGCAGGGUACAGCAGUUCAGGGAGCACUCUACCAUGGCAGGGCCUUUGCUCCAUCCUGCUGGGCAAGAAUUUGCUCUGCUAAGCAACAAUGCUGGCUUCAGGGCCAAGUUCACACCCAAGCUACCCUUUUCCUGCUGCUCUCAAUG